CCGGAGCCCCAGCCCGAACAGCCGGCGGCCAGCAGCGUUCUCGCAAGCCGAGCGCCCAGGCGAGCCAGGAGCCCGCAGCGGCGGCAGGAGCGCGCCGGGCCGCCCGGGAAGCCUCGGUUCCCGCGGCGGCGGCGGCGGCAACAUGGCCUCGGCUGGUAACGCUGCCGAGCCCCAGGACCGCGGCGGCGACGGCAGCUGCAGCGGGGCCCCGGGCCGGCCGGCCGGUGGCGGGAGGCGCAGAAGGACCGGGGGGCUGCGCCGCAACGCCGCGCCGGACUGGGACUAUCUGCACCGGCCCAGCUACUGUGACGCCGCCUUCGCUCUGGAGCAGAUUUCCAAGGGGAAAGCUACUGGCCGGAAAGCGCCGCUGUGGCUGAGAGCGAAGUUUCAGAGACUCCUAUUUAAACUGGGUUGUUACAUUCAAAAAAACUGCGGCAAGUUCUUGGUUGUAGGCCUCCUCAUAUUUGGGGCCUUCGCUGUGGGAUUAAAGGCAGCUAAUCUCGAGACCAACGUGGAGGAGCUGUGGGUGGAAGUUGGUGGGCGAGUAAGUCGUGAAUUAAAUUACACUCGCCAGAAGAUUGGAGAAGAGGCUAUGUUUAAUCCUCAACUCAUGAUUCAGACCCCCAAGGAAGACGGUGCUAAUGUCCUGACCACGGAGGCACUCCGACAGCACCUGGACUCGGCGCUCCAGGCCAGCCGUGUCCAUGUAUAUAUGUAUAACAGGCAAUGGAAAUUGGAACAUUUGUGUUAUAAAUCUGGAGAACUUAUCACAGAAACAGGUUACAUGGAUCAGAUAAUAGAAUAUCUUUACCCUUGUUUAAUUAUUACACCUUUGGACUGCUUCUGGGAAGGGGCGAAGUUACAGUCUGGGACAGCAUACCUACUAGGUAAGCCUCCUUUGCAGUGGACAAACUUUGACCCUUUGGAAUUCCUAGAAGAGUUAAAGAAAAUAAACUAUCAAGUGGACAGCUGGGAGGAAAUGCUGAAUAAGGCUGAAGUUGGUCAUGGUUACAUGGACCGGCCCUGCCUCAAUCCGGCUGAUCCAGACUGCCCUGCCACAGCCCCCAACAAAAAUGCAACCAAACCUCUUGAUAUGGCCCUUGUUUUGAAUGGUGGGUGUCAUGGAUUAUCCAGAAAGUAUAUGCACUGGCAGGAGGAACUGAUUGUGGGUGGCACAGUCAAGAACAGCACUGGAAAGCUUGUCAGUGCCCACGCCUUGCAGACCAUGUUUCAGUUAAUGACUCCCAAGCAAAUGUACGAACACUUCAAGGGUUAUGAGUAUGUCUCGCACAUCAACUGGAACGAGGACAAGGCAGCAGCCAUCCUGGAGGCUUGGCAGAGGACGUAUGUGGAGGUAGUUCAUCAAAGCGUCGCUCAGAACUCCUCUCAGAAGGUGCUUUCCUUUACCACGACGACCCUGGACGACAUCCUCAAGUCCUUCUCCGAUGUCAGCGUCAUCCGAGUGGCCAGUGGCUAUUUACUGAUGCUUGCCUAUGCCUGUUUAACCAUGCUGCGCUGGGACUGCUCCAAGUCCCAGGGUGCCGUGGGGCUGGCUGGUGUCCUGUUGGUUGCACUGUCAGUGGCUGCAGGAUUGGGCCUGUGCUCAUUGAUCGGGAUUUCCUUUAAUGCUGCAACAACUCAGGUUUUGCCAUUUCUUGCUCUUGGCGUUGGUGUGGAUGAUGUUUUCCUUCUGGCGCAUGCAUUUAGUGAAACAGGACAGAAUAAAAGAAUCCCUUUUGAGGACAGGACCGGGGAGUGUCUCAAGCGCACGGGAGCCAGCGUGGCCCUCACAUCCAUCAGCAACGUCACAGCCUUCUUUAUGGCUGCGUUGAUCCCGAUUCCCGCUCUGCGGGCAUUCUCCCUGCAGGCGGCUGUAGUAGUGGUAUUCAAUUUUGCUAUGGUUCUGCUGAUUUUUCCUGCAAUUCUCAGCAUGGAUUUGUAUCGACGUGAGGACAGGAGAUUGGAUAUUUUCUGCUGUUUUACAAGCCCCUGUGUCAGCAGAGUGAUUCAGGUUGAACCCCAGGCCUACACGGAGACUCACAAUAACACCCGCUACAGCCCCCCGCCCCCCUACAGCAGCCACAGCUUCGCCCACGAAACCCAGAUCACCAUGCAAUCCACGGUGCAGCUUCGCACAGAGUACGACCCACACACGCACGUGUACUACACCACUGCCGAGCCGCGCUCCGAGAUCUCCGUGCAGCCCGUCACCGUGGCCCAGGACACGCUCAGCUGCCAGAGCCCCGAGAGCACCAGCUCCACGAGGGACCUGCUCUCCCAGUUCUCUGACUCUAGCCUCCACUGCCUUGAGCCCCCCUGCAGCAAGUGGACUCUCUCAUCUUUUGCCGAGAAGCACUAUGCCCCUUUCCUCUUGAAACCAAAAGCCAAGGUCGUGGUGAUCUUCCUUUUCCUGGGCCUGCUGGGGGUCAGCCUUUAUGGGACCACCCGAGUGCGUGAUGGGCUGGACCUUACAGACAUUGUGCCUCGGGAAACUAGAGAAUAUGACUUUAUUGCUGCACAGUUCAAAUACUUCUCUUUCUACAACAUGUAUAUAGUCACUCAGAAAGCAGACUACCCGAAUAUCCAGCACUUACUUUACGACCUUCAUAAGAGUUUCAGUAAUGUGAAGUAUGUCAUGUUGGAAGAAAAUAAACAGCUUCCCAAAAUGUGGCUGCACUACUUCAGAGACUGGCUCCAAGGACUUCAGGAUGCAUUUGACAGUGACUGGGAAACUGGGAAAAUCAUGCCAAACAAUUACAAAAAUGGAUCAGAUGAUGGGGUCCUUGCCUACAAACUCCUGGUGCAAACCGGCAGCCGUGAUAAGCCCAUCGACAUCAGCCAGCUGACUAAACGGCGCCUGGUGGAUGCAGACGGCAUCAUUAAUCCCAACGCUUUCUACAUCUACCUGACCGCUUGGGUCAGCAAUGACCCCGUGGCUUACGCCGCCUCCCAAGCCAACAUCCGGCCUCACCGUCCUGAGUGGGUCCACGACAAAGCCGACUACAUGCCAGAAACCAGGCUGAGAAUCCCAGCAGCAGAGCCCAUCGAAUACGCUCAGUUCCCUUUCUACCUCAACGGCUUGCGUGACACCUCAGACUUCGUUGAAGCAAUUGAAAAAGUCAGAACGAUCUGCAACAACUACACGAGCCUGGGGCUCUCCAGCUACCCCAACGGCUACCCCUUCCUCUUCUGGGAGCAGUACAUCGGCCUCCGCCACUGGCUCCUCCUAUCCAUCAGCGUGGUGCUGGCCUGCACGUUCCUCGUGUGUGCUGUCUUCCUCCUGAACCCCUGGACGGCCGGGAUCAUUGUGACAGUCUUGGCUUUGAUGACAGUCGAGCUCUUUGGCAUGAUGGGCCUCAUUGGAAUCAAGCUGAGUGCCGUGCCUGUGGUCAUCUUGAUCGCUUCCGUCGGCAUCGGAGUGGAGUUCACCGUUCAUGUUGCUCUGGCCUUUCUAACAGCCAUUGGCGAUAAGAACCGCAGGGCCGUGCUCGCCCUGGAGCACAUGUUUGCACCUGUUCUGGAUGGUGCUGUUUCCACUCUGUUAGGAGUGCUGAUGCUUGCAGGAUCCGAGUUUGAUUUCAUUGUCAGGUAUUUCUUUGCUGUCCUGGCAAUCCUAACAAUCCUGGGUGUUCUCAAUGGACUGGUUUUGCUGCCGGUCCUUUUGUCCUUCUUCGGACCGUAUCCUGAGGUGUCUCCAGCCAACGGGCUGAACCGGCUGCCCACCCCUUCCCCUGAGCCGCCCCCCAGCGUGGUCCGGUUUGCUCUGCCCCCUGGUCAUACGAACAACGGGUCUGAUUCCUCUGACUCGGAGUACAGUUCUCAGACGACAGUGUCGGGCAUCAGUGAGGAGCUUCGGCACUACGAGACCCAGCAGGGCACCGGGGGCCCUUCCCACCAAGUGAUCGUGGAAGCCACAGAGAACCCUGUGUUCGCCCGCUCCACCGUGGUCCAUCCUGAACCGAGGCAGCACCCACCCUCCAACCCUCGACAGCAGCCCCAUCUGGACUCAGGGUCCCUGCCACCCGGACGGCCAGGCCAGCAGCCCAGGAGAGAAGCCCCCAGAGAAUGCUUGAGGCCGCCCCCCUACAGACCGCGCAGAGACGCUUUCGAAAUUUCUACUGAAGGGCAUUCUGGCCCUAGCAAUAGGGACCGCACGGGCCCCCGGGGAACCCGUUCUCACAACCCUCGGCACCCAGCAUUCACUGCCACGGGCAGCUCCGUGCCCAGCUACUGCCAGCCCAUCACCACCGUGACGGCCUCGGCGUCCGUGACUGUUGCAGUGCACCCCCCGCCCGCCCCCGGGCCCGGGCCCGGUCGGAACCCCCGAGGGGGGCUUCGCCCGGGCUACGAGGACUACCCCGAGACUGACCACGGGCUGUUUGAGGACCCCCAUGUGCCUUUUAACGUCCGUUGCGAGAGGAGGGAUCCCAAGGUGGAGGUCAUUGAGCUACAGGACGUGGAAUGUGAGGAGAGGCGCCGGGGCAGCAGCUCCAACUGAGGGUGAGUAAAAUCUGAAGCAAAGAGGCCAAAGAUUGGAAGCCCCUCCCUACCCCUACCCUGCCCCACCAGAACUGCUUGAAGAGAACUGCGGAGUUAGAAAGGUGUGCUGUGCCAGAUAGCAGUUCGUUGUUACUGUAACUGAUUGUAUUAUUUUGUGAAAUAAUUUCUAUAAAUAUUUAAGAGGUGUACACAUAUGUAAUAUACGAAGGAACGGAUGUAAGGUAGUGUGAUCUGGGUUUUCUCCACUCCUGCCUCCAGAGCAGGCAGUGGGGAGACCGCAGCGGAGCCCCUCCCUAUUUGUACAUUGGUCUCUGUGCCACAACCAAGCUUAACUUAGUCUUAAAUUUCAGCAUAUGUUGCUGCUGCUUAAAUAUUGUAUAAUUUACCUGUAUAAUUCUAUGCAAAUAUUGCUUAUGUAAUAGGAUUAUUUUGUAAAGGUUUCUGUUUAAAAUAUUUUAAAUUUGCAUAUCACAACCCUGUGGUAGUGUGAAAUGUUACUGUUAACUUUCAAACACGCUAUGCGUGAUAAUUUUGUUGUCGUUUAAUGAGCAAAUAUGAAGAAAGCACGUUAACCCCGGUGGCUUCUCUAGGUGUAGUUGGAUGAGAUUCUCUUGUUUGGCUGUGUGUGUGAACACGUGUGUGAUUUCCCAAUGUACUGUACUGUGAUUUUUUUUUCUUUUUUUCUUUUUACUGUCUGUGAGUGACCCGUGGUGGGCUCUACCUUAGGCCAGAAGAGUCAGGAUAUCUCUAGUGCUAGCGCUGGUGGAGGGCUAGCCCUAAACAUCUCCUUAUCCUUUUGCCAGACUCACUUCAAGUUCAGGGCAUCUCUUAAGAUCAUUGGCUGCCAUCCAGACACCCCAACUCGUGCCUCAGAGGAGAUAAGUUCCUUCGCAUGGACCAUUGUGGUGGAUGUUGGAACCUCAGGGUACAGAGCUCACAUCUCUUCAUCUUCAUUGGUAUUAAAGACCUAGAGAACAUACCUAGUAGGAGCCUCAGCUGGGCCGUGAGCGUAUCCUCUAAAGUAUGCAGCCUUCAUUGUACCUCUCUUGUAACCAACGCACAACACACACACACACACACACACUUACACACACCACCACCACUAUCACCACCCAAAUUUAAGAGUGGAUUGGGAAUCUUCUGGAGACAAUGACCUCUUAAUUCUGGGUCCACAACAGACCCAGAGGUGAUGUUUUGAGUCCCUACAAUUUAAACUCCCUCUCUUGCUAAAUGGCACGGUUGGGGCUUUCUGGAUUUGUUUGCAUCCUCUUUAAAAUAGUGAGCAUCCAAUAUGGUGAUACGGAAUCAGAAAUUCUAUAGGAUAUGAGCUUCAGAAGGGUGAUCCUCCAAGUGUUAAUAUUAACAUUAUGGGUGCACGCUUCGUAAGUAACUCAUCCCCCUCUUCUCACCAUCAUUAGUAUUCUUUCAAUGUGGCAUUUAUUGAAGAGCAGGAAGAUGCUAAUUGCAUAACCCCCCACUGAAGAAUGUAUAUAGAGACAUAUCUCUCAACCAGGCAUUAUUUUUAAAGAUUUGCUUCCAUAUCAAUUCUGUUUUCUUGCUCUGAGGUUUGGUCUUCCUAGGCUCUUAGGCAGAGACCAACAAAUGUUGGGGAAGCACUCGGUACCCAGACUAAGCUACUGUAGGAGUGCACAAAUGGCAGCUCCUAUUACGCUUCCUGUUUUACAUGGAAAAUCUUAUUCGAAAGGCAACGGCCCCCAGUAGUACCAGCAGUGUAGUGACCUCAGACUCUAAAACUCGCCACAAGACUGUGGCUACCAGAUGUGUGUGUUAAUAUGCCAGGGGCCCCAAUGGUCCCACUGCUACUGUUUGGUGCCUCUGUCAGCCACACUGUCUGUCUACCUAACACUCAAGCUCUGCUCAGAAAACUUAUAUCCCACAUUCAGGAGAGAGAUGAUGCAAAAUUCAGAGGUCUGCUUCCCUCUGGCUCGAGGAGUGCCCUCGCUCCUUUCCUGAGCCCAGCUUGCAUGGUGCCUGACUGCUUGCCUGGCCCCUGCUUUCUGCACAGCAUAGAGCUUUCUCCAAUAGUCACAUUGGCAAAGGGAGAACUCGGGGGCUGGCAGGCAACCAGAAUUUCUCUCCCUCUUUUUUAAAAUAGUUUUAUUUUGUCUGUCUUGUUUGUUCAUUUGGAUGUUUUAAUUUUAAAAAAAAAAAAAAUCUUUGCUGAUAUUUAUAAUUUUGUAUCAUAAGAAUGUUUUCCUACAGUAUUUGUCAUGCCAGUUUAUAACAGAAAAAUGCAGGGAUUUUAUUUCUAUUGGAAACACUAUUACAGCUAUGUUUUACCUUUGAACAGAAUUUUUAUUUGUAUAGAGUGCUUACUAAUGUUAAAUAGUUCAGAGUAUAUAACAUUUUCAUUAAGGACUCAUGGUAGGUUUUAGUGUAAGGAGUUUAAAGGAAAUAUUCAAACUGGGUCUCAUUGUCUGCCAAUUUUGGCAGAAAUGGGUUUGUGUCAUUUCAAUUACAAAGAUAAAAGUAUGCCAUAUAAUUUAUUUAUAUGAAAAUUUAUUUUUGUAGUGUACAUAGUAGUCAUCAAGUCUUUUGACAGAAGUAUAUUUUUAAAGAAUUUAUAUGUGAUGAAUCCAUAAUGUCUGGAACUUUGCUGAGACAUGAGUGGGGCACACUUUUCAUUGUAAAGUACAGCAAGGAAAAGAAAAUGUUUAACAGUGUUAAGAGAGUGAGAUUGAGUGAAUAUUCAUGCAGUUGUGGAAUGUGUAUUAGUUACCAUUUGUGACCUAGUGUGGUUCUCAUUUUAAACCUCAGAAGGCAAAAAUGUACAAACUCUCUAAAUAUUAAUGUUCAAACACUGAUAGAAAUUCUAACAUGAAUAAAAAAUAAUAUAACUUGUUGGUUACAUCUUUGUUUAUGGAAUGGUUUUUAAUUAAAAUAUUUUACGAAGGCAGUAUACGUGCGUCACGCCGUCAUAAACUUUGUUGUUUUUUGUCUGACUAACCUUGUUAAAUACUCAUUUUUUUGUUCUCCUUCAUGGAGGCAUUAUUGACAUAGGAAGAGUUCUACAUUUUUAUUUUCUGACACGAAGAAAGUUCCUAAAUUACCCUUCAAAAUGAUUCCUUCUGUCAUCUUUUAGCCUUUUUGUGUUUUUUUUUAAUGUGAUACCUAAUAAUUCAAGGGA